AAAUUAUUCGCGAACCGAUUUUUUGGGUUAGUCCGGCUUCAUUUGUAGAGUUUUGAGGUUCUGAAGAUUAAAAAAAAAUGAAAAAUAUUGUUGUGGUUUUACUUUUCCUGCUCUACACUGAAGAUGUAUUUGGGAUGACAAGAGCUCAACUUAAGAAGACUUUAACUGUUAUGAAGAAACAAUGUAUGCCCAAAAUUGGAGUUUCAGAAGACAAAGUGAAAAAUAUAGAGCAAGGAGAAUUUAUAGAGGAUCGUAAAGUUAUGUGUUACAUCGCUUGUGUCUACAAAACUAUUCAAGUGGUAAAAAACGAAAAGAUAGACAAGGAUCUAGUAAACAAGCAGGUGGACAUUUUGUACCCCGUCGACAUGAAAGAGUCCGUCAAAUAUGCCGUCGACCAGUGCUAUGGCGUUCAGGCCCAAUACAACGACCUGUGCGAAGCAGCUUUCUACGCAGCUAAGUGUCUGUAUGAGACAGACCCGCCGAACUUCGUCUUUCCUUGAAUCUU